UCCGCACCUAUCUAUCCCCCCCCCCCCUUCUUUAAUCUUCGCGCUGUUCUUCGUCGUCCUCUGCGCUCCGACUCCUUCCGGCUUCUACGGCGUCCGGCGCUGUCCUCCACGCGACACCGGCUUGCCGAACCAAGCGAACGGUCGCCCGAAGAUAAAAUCAGCUUCCAUUGAACUUCGCGACCAUGUGGAUAUCUACCCUCACGGCCGUCUUGGCCCCGGUCUUUAUCAUUUUAUCGCCCAUCCUGUCCUACACCGACCAGGCCGUCUCCAUGCACAGGAAUAAAUCCAGCGCCGGCUUCUCUCUCGACAUUCCCCUUAUUAUGCUCGUCGCUUCCAUGCUCAAAGUCUUCUACUGGCCUGGCGCGCGCUUCGACAAUGCCUUGCUUGUCCAGGCUCUUAUCAUGAUAGUCAUGCAAACGAUCCUGCUGAAGAUCGCCCUCGACCACCGUCCGUCGCCCGCAUCGAAAGGAGGAGAAGCCGCCAUCCCCUUCUCGGGGGUUGUCAACGAGGAUCCCUGGGGAUCCAAGAGGCCUUUCAAUUUCUGGCAAUGGAGGUCUCCUAGACCCUACUGGCAAUUCGUCGUCUACUUCUUCCUCGCCCUCACCGCGCUAGAGUUACUCCUAUCUCUCAUCCCCGCCGUAUACCACGUUUAUUCCGACACCAUCGGGUACAUGGGUCUCUCCAUCGAAGCCUUCCUUCCCAUUCCCCAGAUCCUCAUCAACGCUCGUUCGCGGUCGUCUCACGGCUUUCGCCUGUCGCUGCUGGGAAGCUGGCUGAUCGGCGACGCGCUCAAAAUGCUCUGGUUCUUCACGACGACGACGGAAAUUCCGGCGGCGUUCAAGCUGUGCGGCAUCUUCCAGGCUUGUUGCGACUCGUUCUUGGGCAUCCAGUACUGGAUGUACGGAGACGGCUCUGGGAACUCGGUCAAGGAGCAUCCCAUGAUUCAACUACACGACAGCCCCUACAAGCCCUCGGCGCAUGAGUCGGAUAGAUGAGUCGGUGACCAUGCUCGGAAAGAAUUGGGAUAUUUCAUUUUUUCAUCUUGGCCGGACCUAUAUAGACACAACGAAUUUCUGAUAAAAAGGGCAGCGUUCGGAUUGGCGCGACAGAUUUAUCUUUUUUAAUCGCAAGAAACAUAGGGUAGACAACCAUUUGGCGCAUACACUAUAAAGUCAUCGUGGGGCCCAAGAAAGCCUCUUGCAGGGCGUUUCGGGUUGGGGAACAUAGACGGUAAUUACGACAGGAACGAAUCCGAUGGGAUGGGGCCUUUAUUGUUUGUAUAGCAGGGAUACAGGGGGU